UUUAGUGUCUACGGCAACCCCAUGGGGAAAAAAUGUGCUCCACUCUUCUGGAGAAGAUGUGUGAGAAGUAUUUCAAGAUGAUUAUGUGAUCUGUCAACAGCUGUGAAAUUUGAAUGUAUUUUAGCCUGCUGAGCUCAAGUUACCAAGACGUAGUUUUCUAAGUCACCACAUCAGAAAGGAAAGAGUGACGGAAGAAGAUGGGAACGCUGUCUAAUGAUACAGCACUGAAUUCACUCCUCUCCAAAUUAUUACAAGAAUAUGUAGACCGGACAAAUAACUCUGCAUCUUCUCAGGCUGAAAAACCCAGUGACAAUCUGGAAAUCAUCUAUGUGCUCUUGUUGCUUGGUUUCUUUGGCUUUUUCACAUUUGGAACAAUGUUUAGCAACAUCCGCUCCAAAAAGCUUGAGCACUCAAACGACCCAUACAAUAUGUACAUUGAAAGAAAUAUUUGGCAUAAGCUGGAUGAAGCAAAUUUUCAUGCAAAAAUUGUGGAAAGUUAUAAAUCGUGCUGUGUGUUUGAAAACCAGCUCGCUGUGGAGCAACCUGUCAAUCAGAUUCCUCAGGUGAAGACUUCAUAGAGAAAUGGGAGAAAUGAUGGUCUGUUAACUUUACAGGCAUAGAGCCAGAUCUUCACCUGAUACAAAUGGAAGUAGCUCGUGGCCCAUCAGUGCAAAAUAAUUUUGCAUGUAGAACAAACAAACAAACAAUCUCUUUCUGCAUAGCAUCUACCAUGAUGUGAUAGCACUGCAUUUUGUAUACUCCUUGUUACAUGAAAUUGGACAAUCAUGCUGCAAAGCUUUCAACCUUGAAUAUGGUUGCUGUAAUCUCUAAGAUCAAGAACAGUAGGAGCCAGAUCCUCAGCUGGUGUAAAUCAGCAUAUCUGCAUUGUUCUCACCAAUGAGGCUAGUUUAAAAAGUGCUUUAUACUUUGAGGCUGCAUCCCAUAUUCUUACAAUGAUCAAAAUUUAGAACCUGCUUGUAGCAUUUGUAGUAACCUGCAUGAUUAAAACAAUAAUUCAUCUAGCACAAGCUAGAAAUGUUAACAAUCAAGUAGCAUUUAGGCAAUUACCCCCUUUCAAAA